CUGCAGUUCGUCAGCCUGUCCAGCAGGCGGCUCUGUGAAAUAACAGCGUCAUAGCGGAGGCGUUCAGACGUAGAGCCGCUCAGUUUGAUUGGAGGAAGUAAUACAUCAACAAAGAAAGAUGGCCGAAGUGAUAGAAUUGCAGAAACUGAAGCUUGCUGAACUGAGGCAGGAGUGUGAGGCCCGAGGUCUGGACACCAAGGGAAACAAAGGAGAACUCAUUGCCCGACUGCAAGCCUAUCUGGAGGAGCACGAGGAAGAUGUGGACGUAGACGAUGUGCUGGCAGAGGAUACAGAGGACUUCACUAAAGUUGAGAGUGCCAACGAUGUAAAAGUCGACAAGGUUUCAGAGUCUACUGAGUGCGAGACACCUACUGAAAAGAAGGUGGUGAAAAUAACUCCUCCAUCAUCUGCCAGUGAAAGACUACAGAAGAGAGCUGAACGUUUCAACUUGCCUGCAUCAGCUGAAAGCAAAAAGGCCAUACGUGCAGCAAGGUUUGGCUCAUCCACCGAGGCUUCCACUCCCUCUCCAGGUCUCGUCGCAAACAGCAAAGCUCCUGUGAACGUCGAUCAGCUGAAGAAGAGAGCAGAAAGAUUUGGAAUGAACGUUUCAUCUGUUUCACAAAAGAUUGAAGAGGAUGAAAAGCUGAAAAAGAGGAAGGAGAGGUUCGGGGCCUUAACAAGUGGUGCAGCCGGUGCCGCUGAUGUCGAGGCAAAGAAAAUGAAGCGCGCUGAAAGAUUCGGAAACGUGUGAAUAAUGUUUUAGACCCUGCGUUUUCAUCUCUGCACAACAGAGAUUCCCGAAGGAUUCCUGUAAAUCAAAAGUAUAAUUAAAUACAAAGAUAAGUAAAUUGGUGAGUUAGAUCGUUUAAAUGGUUUGGAAAACAAGCUCAAGUAUUUACUGAGCCUCAAGUCAGUGGAUAAUGGUAAUUAGAAAACGUUUGAUUCACCCACUUAUUUAUUAUUUACUGGAGCACCAUUUUCUCAGUCCUGUGAGGCCUUCAAGCACUUUUCAUUUCCCUCACUUUUUAUAUAAGAAUUAGAGGUGUGUUUAUAAAAUACAUGCGCAUUAUUAGCUCCUGUGUAACAGAAGUUUUGUUUUACUCCUCUUUCCUAAACGUACUGCUUAUCUAACAGAUAGGGCCCUCACUGUUUUCUGAUUUGCACCUCUUCGCUGCGCUUUCGCAAAGCUGCUAUGAAGUAAUUUCAUCAAGUCUUUGUCAAGCAACUAGUCAGCCCUUGGUGAGUAAACAGGUCCUGCAGCUGCUUCACAGUAAAAGCCUUCCAGCUGUUUAGGGGGAUUAAUUAGUUCUCCUGUCUCAGGUGAUUAUUUACUGUAUAAUAUUUAAAUAAAAUAGUGCAUAAAACCACACCAACAUUUUACAAAUCAAACAGAAAAUGUGAGCAAGUCGAAGCAAGGAGGGCAUUUACUGUGAAGCAGCUGCAGGAAGCGUUGCGUUAGCUAACAAAUCAGGCCAACAAAGGUCAAAUAUUUACUCCUUAAAAGUCGUUUUAAAUCUAAAUUAAAACACUUUGGUGCUUUUUUGUGAAUGCUUUACUCUCAAUUGAUCGUUACAGUUACGACAAAGAUUAGUAAAGACAAGCAGAUCAGAAACCAGUGAGGCUCUUGCUUGUUGGUUAGCGAUGAGAAUAGAAGCAAAACUGAAACCGUAGCAUGUCCUACAUUAUGCAGGAACUAACACCAACCCGGCAUCUAAAAAUGUCCCUCUCAUUAUCAUACACGCAACAACGAAAAUAGGAAAUUUUGGCCGUGGAAAUAGAAAAUGUGAAAUACAUUUGUACAAGGACUGAGAAAAUCAAAAUCCAAAACAUCAAGUAUGUGAUAGUUAAGAGUAAAAUUAAUCCUGUAUUUCUCUUUAUUGAGCGUAAUGCAAUUAAACCUUUUCUAAUAAUCCAUUUAAACUCACUUAUUUGUAUUUACUGUGUGUAUUUAAUUGUACUUUUGAUUUAUCGGCUAGCGUGUUAUUUUCUUUUUGGGAUUCCAUUGGUACACUGCUUCAGUUAUCUGUCCAUUUUAUAACAUUUUGUGAUUUAAAAUAAAUUGUUUUCAAUUUUUUGA